UUCAUUAACAGCUCGUCAACCACCUCGGUAGCUAGCUAGCCAACAUAGCCGAAAGAUUCAAGCUAUUUAUACGCUUUCGGUGUAUAUUACCUACUGUGUUUUAGACACACUUCUGUCGUAUCUACUUGUUAACCUAUUUAAUUUAAUAUUACGUUAUUUUUUAUUAGUCAGCUAUAGUAGCUGGCUGGUUAAAUUAGCACUAGCCUAGUCGCUAACUAUAGCUAGCUAGCUAACAUCCCCCAACAUGAGCUCCCUAAACUUCUCCCCUCUUGUUAAAGAAGAGGGGAUCUGCUGGACGGAGAAAGAAGCUCUGGGACUGAACAUUGUCGUGAAAGAGGAGAAGGAAGAAGAGGAUAUCACAGUAAAACAAGAAGUAGAGGGUGAGGCUGUUACAGUGAAAGAAGAAGAGAAAGACGUUUCAGUGAAAGAAGAGGAAGACGAGUUCAGAGUGAAAGAGGAAGAGGAGGAUGCCGUUUUUGGAGUGAAGAAGGAAGGGGAGAUGACUGUCACAUUGAAAGAUGAAGAGGUGGAGAUAGAUCUGAUUAACACCAGAGAGAUACUUCACUAUUGUGGAUCAUCUGGGGAGCCUCAACAAUUUCAAGAUGCUGAAGAGGCAGAGAAGAGUCUCUCCAGAUCAGAACACCUCAAUAAACACCAGCGGAGACCCACAGGGAGGAGAACUCACUGCCGCUCUGACUGUGGGAAGAGAUUCACCUCAUCAGGCAUUAAAAUUCAUCAGAGAACACACACAGGAGAGAAACCUUAUAGCUGUGAUCAAUGUGGGAAGAGUUUUGGUCGAUCUAGCCAUCUGACUCAACACCAGAGAAUACACACAGGAGAUAAAUCUUAUAGCUGUGGUCAAUGUGGGAAGAGUUUUGGUCAAUCUUGCCAUCUGACUAGACACCAGAGAACACACACAGGAGAGAAACCUUAUAGCUGUGAUCAAUGUGGGAAGAGUUUUUGUCAUUCUGCCAAUCUGGUAUCACACCAGAGAACACACACAGGAGAGAAAGCUCAUACCUGUGAUCAAUGUGACAAGAGAUACUCUGUUAAAAGACAUCUGAUCAAACAUCAGAAAAUACAUGAAGCAGUUGUUUCAUGAUAUCAAUGAAUUAAUGUCACAAUGUAGAAUGUUUUUAACAAUGUAGAAGGAGUAUUUUAAGGAAUUACACAAUAUAGAACCCUAAACGUUUGCCCCAUUCAAUUGAUUUCAGCCUUAGUAAAAAUCCAGGCUCUUGAAAGAGUACUAUUUAUGUGAUUUAACAAAAAAGUGACUAACACAAAAAGAGCUGUGUUACACUUACCAUGUUGGUGAACCAUUUGAAUCAAAAUGCCACACUUCAAAAUGUGGCGAGCGAUCUGUUUCCUACAAAUUGUCCUCUAACCAGGGAUGUACACAUUACUCCCACAUUCCGUGUGGUUUUUGAGCUGUUAGUUUUAACAGGACAUGCAACCUCAUCUCCCUCCUGUCACACAAUUAAUUUUGACAUGAUAUCGAUGAAUAAUGACAAAUAAGUGUUGCGUUCCUUUGUUUAGUGACCCCUAAAUUUAAAUGCAUCACUCCAAUAUGUAGCUGACUGUCUUCUGCAGGUUGUCCUCUAACCAUUGAGCUAAAAUAUAUCUCCCACUUCCAUGUGUUUUUUUUGUUGUUAGUUUCAACAGCACGAACAACCUGAUUUCCCCCAUAAUCGAUAUCAGUGAUUUAUUGCUACUUGUCAAAACAACAGCGUUUCUGGUGCUUGUGCAGUUUAUAAGGACCUUGUUUAUAGAAAUACAAGUAAUAUGAUUAUUGUGGCAGAUGUUUGUGUAUUUAGCACAUUUUACGUUUAGGUUUUCAAUUUAUCACAAACUGUUUCUGCAUUUGGAUUUGGAACUGCAACUGUGACAUUGGGGAUAUCCCACCUAGCAAAAUGUCAUUGAAAAUCAGACUAUGCCCGACAAUAUAAGUUUGGUUUUAGUUGAAAGUUGAAAAUAUAUAUUUUUUUAAAUUUCAACAUACUUGCAGCCUAUACACAUGGACGCUGUAUAAUAAAUAGGUCUAUAAUCAAUUUUAUUAACAAUCCUAAUAAAUUGAGUCAUAAAUAUAAAAUAUAAUUGUUGUCCUAAGGGGAAGGUGUUACAGACUUUGGUUUUUCCAUUUAUGUUUUGAGGUUGGACUUUAGGACGUCUUACUUUAGGACGUCUAGCUCAUUAGCUCGUAGGACGCACUGAUUGGUGUCACCUCGUUAGUCACUAUGUGUUACACCUCUGCUGAGUUUUUCUUUUGUUUGCCUCUUCUUUGGCAGAUUUAGUGGGUCUCAUGGUGGGUGUCUUUUAGGUCCCAGUUGUUGUUACUAGUCAAUUUUCAGUGGACACCCCCAUAUUGUCUUUCAGAACCCCUCCUAAAAAACAAACUAAUAUUUUUGGUUAAAUAUUUUAACAUUUUAAUCAAUGGCAUUUCCUUAGGAUGCUCAUUAGUCUUUAAGUUGUAUUUUUAUCCUCUUAUGUUUGUGUACUAAAUAUUUCUGUUUAUUUUCAUAGGUUUUUCCUGUGAAGCCAUUGUGUUGCAUCCAUGUCUGAAAUGUGCUGUAUAAAUAAAGCUUGAUUCGAACAUAUUGCAAAACAAAUGAACCAAAUGACUGACCAAUAAACAGAGUCUUGGUCCGUCUUAGUAUGAGAACAGUAUCAAUCCCACUUUUCCAGCCUGCUGAAGGUGUGGUGGAGUGGUAACCACCACCCCCGGCUCUACCAAGGGCUUGAGGUGGUCACCCACAGCUCUGCUUAUGUUCUGUGGCCUUGCCGUUCCAUUUAUUGACAGCCCCUGCAACACAGAAACACAUUUAAUCACAUUAUAUACAACACUCAAAGUAAUGGAUAUGGAGCAUCUAUGGCCUCCGUUACACCUGGCACCUAAAUGUGACUUCUGUCAUCUGAUCACUCCAAGCUGCAUUAGGUUCAGAUCUACCAGGAUGAGCCUUGACAUAGUCUGGAUGCAGUCAGGCCACUGAAUAUAAAUAAGCAAUAUACAGAGACGGGGUGAAUGAGUGGGGAAAAGUACAUUUUACACAAAUGACCUUCAUAAUAUCAAAGAACAAAUGUGUGUGCCUGAGAAAUUUCAUCAAUAUCAGUGGACAAUUUGCACUAACGUAAAUAAACAUAGAUGAUGGAAAAUAUUCCCUUUUGCUUACGUGAUGAACCGCUAAGGCAACAUAAAUAUUUACCAUCUAAACCAUGUGUGACCUCUCACCUCUCUGGCUGUAGAAGUGUUCUUUCCUAACCAGUCCCUCAACAGCUCUCUGACUGAGCUCUACCCUCACUGGGUCUUCAGAGGAGAGGAAGGCUGAGGAGGGAUGGAAGGAUGAAUGGAUCAGUCAGUCAAUAAAGUGUAGAGCUGCUGUCUGACAAAAUCACUAUUUUAGUAGUUCAUUAAAGUAAAUAAGGCUUUAUGACUGCUGAAUACCAACUAUCAAUCACUUAGAUCAUGUAUUUUCAGGUAGAGAUACAUCCCUGGGACUUCCCUAGCCCAUUGAAGUUGACGUUUAAAAUGGUUAAGUUAGGGAUUAGGGUUCAGGGUAGGGAUGUCCCAAGGAUCCCAGAUAGCAUUGACCAUUGUGCAUUUGUAACCGAUGUGAAAUGACGAGCUGGUUAGCGGGGUGCGUGCUAAUAGCGAUGGUAACGAUGGUUCGUAGGUGUCAGUUGUUGAUGUGUGCAGAGGGUCCCUGGUUCGAGCCCAGGUAGGGGGGAGGAGAGGGAUGGAAGCUAUACUGUUACACAUUCUUCGGUCUCUUUUACGUAGCAGGUGUAAAAGAAACAAAGACAAGUAGGCGCUCAGGUCAUUAUGGUCAUUGUAGUUAAAAACAAAUAGCAUCUAAUGCGUACCUGUAUGUGGGGUUGUUUGAGAAGAAUGUGAUUGUCAGCCCUAACAAUCCAUUCUAGCACCUCAUCAGGCUGUGUAAAAGUCUUCAUUGAUGACGUGUUCCUUCUAUUCCAGGGGACAGCAGAGGAACUUUAUCGAUUCCACUCCUUCAUCAAUACAAGUAGUGAACAUCUGAAAUUCACCCUCACCUUUGAUGUGCAUGAAACAAGUUACCGGAUGGUUGGACGAUACUUUUUUCAUCGAUCAUCUUAAAUACUUCAACUGGAAAUCAACCAAUCCUCCAUUGAUAACGCAGUGGAAAGGUCAAAUGCUUUAUUAUCUAAAAAUGUAAAGUGCUGGGCGACGGAGAGAAAUAAAAUGCUGCAGUUUGAGGCCAUGUGGCAGACAGUGAAGCAGGAGCUGGAGAAGGAGGUAUGUUCUAGUGGGUCUGGGCAGGUGUGAUGUAGUUAAUGGAGAUGGAGGUGUGUUCUAGUGGGUCUGGGCAGGUGUGAUGUAGUUAAUGGAGAUGGAGGUGUGA